CCGCCUCUUACGCGCGCCCCACCGGCCAAAAUGGCGGCGGCCUUUGGCGGGGAGUCCGGUUUGUAAGGGCCGUUGUUUCACUCUUCCCGUGACAAAAUGUGAAAGAAGUGACUGGUGGAGGGGGGGUCGCAAGUCAUGAGUCGACGAAGGAAAUAUGGGGACAGUCCUGCCCCGAAGAACACGCCGCUCAAAACAGCGGCGGCUGAGGACUGCAGCUCGGUGGUCGAACCCGGGAGGAGGCGGCUGAAGUCGGCCCGCGGCUCCCGGUCCCGCGUGGCUGGAGAGGGCCCUGGCCCACCAGUGCGGCAGCGAGAGCAGCGUCCAGCAGCCGCUGGGUGCAGUAAAAGUAACCCCAAGGAAAGAUAUGAGACACCAACAAGAAUGCUGAAAAUGGACUUGUCAUCUACAUUCAGUUCUCCUAAUGAUCCAGAUGGACAGAAUGAUAUCUUUUGGGAUCAGAAUUCUCCAAUGACAAAACAGUUAGGUAAAGGAAGAAAAAAACAGAUUUACACCACAGAUAGUGAUGAGAUUUCACAUAUUGUUAAUCGAAUUGCUCCUCAGGAUGAAAAACCAACAGCAAACUCCAUGCUGGGCAUGUGGAUUGGUGCAAGUGCUAUUCCUUGUACUCCCAGUGUAGCAAAAGGAAAAUCAAGAGUAAAAUUCAGCUGUACAAAGCUAAAAACACAAAAUCGAGAAAAAGAACUUAUGAAAUUGGCUAAACAGUUUGAUAAAAAUAUGGAAGAAUUAGAUGUAAUUCAAGAACAAAACAAAAGGAAUCAUGAUUUUAUGCAGACAAUUUCAGGAACAGAGACUUUAAAUAAUUAUAAAGAUAAUGAACAGAUGCAGUUAUUAUGUGAUAUAAUUCCUGAAAUCAAUAAUGCUAUAAUAAAGAAGCCACUGAAAGUAAACACCAGGAUAUCUGUGGUAGAAGAUCAAAACAGCAGUCAGAAGUCAGUUGACGAAAAUGCUGAAGCAGACUUUAAUGCCAUUUUUGACGGUUCUACCCAGAAAUGUAGCGGACAGUUAAGCCAAGACUUGUCAGAUGCCAGUUUGAAUACAAGUAAUACUACGGUUGGAAAGAAAAGUGCUUUGAAAGCAGAGAAAGUCAUUACUAUUGAAACUCUGGUCAAUGAAAAGCUGCCAAAUAAAAGCACAGGAUCACUUUCUCAACUAGAUACUCCCAUAACAACAAAAUCACGUGUGACUACCUGUUUCAUGGAGCCAGAAACUUCUAGUGAGCACAUUGAUGCAUUUACUACCAGUGAUUUUGAAGAUGAUUGGGGAAGCUUACUAGAUAAUGAACCUUUUGUUAUGCAAAAUCUUGAAAGGCCUGAAUUCCCUGUUCUAAAAAGUGCCCAGGUUACUAAUCAAAAGGAAGUUUGUGUCUUUAUUAGUAAAAAUAGUAAAAGUAAGUCAAGAACCAAUACAGGUAUACAUGAUCUGUUAAGAGAUUCAAAAAUAUUGCAAGACCUUCCUUCCAAGACACACAGUGGAGAAUUAAUAGAUUCUGGAAAACAUAGAGUUUCACCAGAUCUAAAUGUUAAAUCAAGCAAAUUGCCAUCCACUGGAAAUAAAAUGAAAUUUGAAAACUCUUUCAAUGAAAUUGUUGUUGAAGACAAAUUUCAAGAUUGUACAGUUACAUGUAAUCUGACAAAAGUAAAGGAAGAUAGUGAUACUAAAUUUACUUCUAAUGUAAAUCCCUCUGAAAAGAAAUUUGCCUUAAACAGAAGAUACUCUAAUGAACAAGAAACCAGCGUUACUAGCACACAUCAAGCUAAUGCAUCAAAGAUUGCUUCUUUCUUUGAUGAUUGGAAUGAUCCAUCAUUUGCCAAUGAAAUUAUUAAGACAUGUCAUCAAUUGGAGAAUACCUGGGAAUCAGAUGAUGUAGAUGAUGAUAUGUUAUACCAAGCAUGUGAUGAUAUUGAAAGACUAACUCAGCAGCAAGAUAUUAGGAAGAAUAGCAAGACAACAGAAAGUAUACUUGAGAUCAAUAACAGUUCUAAACAUGGAGCCAGAAACUGCUUUAGUACAUCUAAAGGAAAUCAGGUGGUACAAUCAAAGCAUUUAAAUCUGGGCAGCAUUUCAUUGCAAACAUCUUCCUUGACAAGUAGCUCACAGAUAAAUAAAUCAGUAAAGGUGGACAGAGGGGAAAUGUAUAGAAAUUCUCCAAGUUUUUUAAACAUCACAACAAAUUUGACAAUGAACUCCAAUUUUCAGACCAGUAAUUUGCAUGUCUCUGGGAAUAACACUGCUGUACCAAUACCAAUGAACAGUUUCAAAUCAGUUUUGCCCAGAAGUUCAACACUGAAUGUGAUUUCAAAUCCUGUGACUACAGAAGUUUCUACUUAUAAGAAAAAUGCUCAACAACUGUCUACUACGACCAUUAUGGAUGAGCCCCAGAACAACUUUAAUGAGACAGUUAGAUUUUCAAAAUACACAUUUACAAGGAUGAAAAAUUCUCAGAUUCUUUCUCAGUUUAACAGAAGUUGUACGGCAGGAAGUGUGUCUGAUACCAAAAUUACACAAGGACCAGAGAAAAAGAAAGCUGUUAGUCCGUUAUUGGAGGAACCAGAUCAACAACAAUCUUUGGUGAAAUAUUCUGAAUCUUUGAGACAAUCUUCCAAAGAGGAAAAUGAGAAAAACAGAAAGUAUUCUCCUGAAGAAAUUCAGAAAAAAAGACAAGAAGCACUGGUUCGAAGAAUGACCAAAGCACAGGCAUCAUCUGUAAAUACAACUCCCACUUCAUUUCUUUAAUGAAGUAUUAUUUGGAAGACUUUAUAAAGACUCUGAAAACUAUCUGUGAUAGGAAAUAAUGUUUUCUUUAUUUCUCUGUGAGAAAUUAAAUGCUAACUUAUAAAGCAUGGACUUUUUAUUUAAUAAAUAAGUGUUUAAGUAGAAAUUGAAAACUUUUUUUUGAGAUGUAUGUGAGUAAUUACAUAGAAGUUUUGGAAAUUCAGGAAAGUUAACAAUUAUGUAUUAGAAUA